AUGUUCGCGUCGCGGCUUCGCGCUUGGUCGACGCGGACGUCGCAGUUGGUCGUUUCGGUGCGCCAGCCGAAUCACCAAGAAGCUGUGAACGCUUUCGUUUCUACCUACACCGACUUCCACACAUCCGUGAUUGCGUCCAUCAAGAACCUUCCGGACAUGGAAGCACGACGUCAGACUGUCGAUCAACUCGAGAUGGCCAGAGAAGAAUCCGUGACCUUGCUGUCUUUCGUAAGCGCUGCGUCAAGCGACAUAACACAAACGAACACCGUAUCGCAAUCAUCGCGUAAGCUCAUCGAGACGGUGAACGAAAUCGUCGAGCAGGUCAGCGUCGAGCAACCAUGGCAGCGAGAAUGCGAUGCGGCACUUAGACAAAUCCAGGGUAUCCGUCAUUUGACCGAGCACGCUAACGUGCCGGUCAAUACCAACACUUAUUUCGGAUGUCUGGAUACAAUGACUGAACAAUCAAGGCACCUUGGCGAGUCCAUGACCGGCAUCGCUCGUAACGCUAAGGCCAUGGACACCCGAGCGCUUUGUACUAAUUACCGCAAAAGCCUAGCUUCCGCUCCAAUGGAUGCGCCAACAUGGCAACGCCUUGCCGACAACAGCAAGGAGGUCAGCGAGUCCAUAAAACGAUUGGUGAGCUCGAUUCAUGCAGCUGCACCAGGACAAGCUGAAAUGGAUAGAUGCAUUCGUCAACUGGAACAGGUGAUGUGGAAACGAGAAGAUGUGGACAGUCACAAAAUCGCUGUCAAAAAAUUCCAGGAAGUGCAAUGA